AUGGCGACUAAACAAGCGACGAGACAGAAUCAAGCUAUCACUUUGAAAGGCUCUACAGCUUUGGUAACAGAGUUUUUCGAGUAUAGUGUCAAUUCGAUUCUUUAUCAACGUGGUUUAUAUCCAUCCGAUGAUUUCCGUAUGGUAAAGAAAUACGGUCUACCAAUGCUAGUAACAGCCGAUGAUUCUCUCAAAGAAUAUUUAUCCACCAUCUUAUCUCAAGUUCAACAAUGGUUAUUAUCAUCAGCUAUAAAUCGUUUAGUAUUAGCUAUCAAAAGUCUUGAGACUAAUGAAACUGUUGAAAGAUGGCAAUUCGAUAUCCGAAAAGAAGAGGAAGAUGAUGGUGAUAAAGAGAAUAUACCUGAAGAUAAUAAGAAUCAAUUGGAAAAAAAGAAAAAAAAGGUUAAAACUGAAAAAGAAAUACAAGGUGAGAUAAGGGAGAUUAUGAAACAAAUCACUUCAAGUGUUACUUUUUUACCUAUAUUGGAUGAACCUUGCACUUUCACACUUCUCGCAUAUACAAACGAUAGUCCAGACGUCGCUAUACCCUCCACUUGGGGAGACGCAGAUCCUCAUUUGAUAGAUAGAGGAAAAGUGGAACAAGUUCGUCUUCGGAGUUUCAGUACGGAUGUCCAUCAUUUAGAGGUGAGAUAUUUUACCCUCUCUUUCCAUCUCAAUCACCACUCGCAUCUCAUCUUGACCACCGAUUGA